UUGGUUUAGGGUAAAUAUCUGAGCAGAAGAAUGGGAUGAAGACUGAUAUGUACUCAUGAUAUGAGUUUAUAACAAUAACUAUAAUUUACCAAAUGUGUUCGCAAAGCUGCCACAGACAGACCGAUCAUCAGUCUCCAGACGUUGUGAAGAUGAGCAAGAAGGUUCCUUAUCGUCCAGGGAUCACUUUUGAAGUUGGUGCUAGAAUUGAAGCUCAAGACUAUCUACAAAAAUGGUACUCCUCACGCAUUGAGGACAUUGAUUUCGAUGAGGGGAAGAUGCUUGUCCACUUUGAUCGUUGGAGCCAUCGCUAUGACGAGUGGAUCGCCUGGGACAGCACUCGACUGCGGCCUCUUGAAAGGCCAACACUCCGUAAAGAGGGACUGAAGGAAGAGGAGGGGGAGAUGACUGAGAGACUCAGCGAGAUGUCAGCAUCUCGCCUUGAUGAGCUUCCUGGAUGUACAGAGAGCACAGAGGACCAAACAGAGUUACCGCAGCCGAGACAAGAAUUGAGAGAUGGUGAAGAGGUGCUUGCUCGAUGGACAGAUUGUCGCUACUAUCCUGCAAAGAUUGAAUCUGUAAACAAAGAGGGUACCUACACGGUGCAGUUUUAUGAUGGAGUUAUUCGCUGUGUGAAAAGAAUUCAUAUCAAAUCCAUGCCCGAUGAUGCAAAAGGACAGAAGGACUGGAUAGCCCUGGUGAAAGCUGCCUCGGCUGCAGCCAAGGGCAAAGGAAGCAGUACAGCUCGUACCAGUGCCAACAGCAACAAGGACAGGGACGACCCUCACGGAGGGAAGUCUGACGAUGAGGAUGGUGAAGAAGAGAUGGAUGAAGAGCUGCAGGAUCAGUCCGACUCUGACAAACUGGGAUCCCAUGAAGAUGAUGCUGACUGCAAGAAGGAGCGGACAGAAGUCCAGGUGACGUCCCAACAACAAAAGGUGCCAAGAACAGCAAACCGUGAUUCCAUACAAGGGCAGACCCAGAGAGAGACUGGGUCCCCGAUGACAGGCUCUCCAGCCAAGUGUCGGAACAGGCGUCUGAAGCACCACUCUGCUGAGUCCAACAGCAACCAGACCCAGAGACCUUCCAGGCCGCCCUGCUCCAUCACUACUCUGUCCGCUGGGGAGGACACCAUGUCAGCUCCAGAGUCCAUGCUGAGUCCCUCCCCCAGACACAGCUGCCCUGACAUGGCUCCCUCAGGUCGGUCUGCUGAGGGACAGGAUCAUAGUGGAAAAAGGCACGGUGAGGCGGUUCCUACAGGCUCCCCCAGGAGCUCAGAACAGAUCCAGAGGAGGAGACGCUCCCAGCGCCUGGCCACCGUCAGCCCUGAUAUAAACUCUGACUCCAGCGUGACCUCUCGCCCCACCAUCACCCAGUGCCCUGACCCCUCACCCCAUGGGAGGGAGCACAACACAUCUCACAAAGACCCCUCCUCUCCAGAGGAUCAAGUGGCAAACUCUGUGGAGAGGGCAGAGUCAUCGACCCUCCACAACUACUGUGUCGGCAUACCACCCAAACCUCCAACGACUGCCUCCAUCCUCACGCCAUCUCAUUCGCCAAUCACACACAGAGACCAGCUGACUGACGGGCCAUCGGCCAAUCAUACGGCAGUGGCAGACAAAUUCCCACCCUUAGCUGCAGCCCCUGGUAGGAGGACAACCAGGACCCCUAAACUGAACAAGCACACCAGGGAGCCAAUCAUGAACACCAAGCGGUCUGACGACCCUACGUCUCCCAACGACCUGGACCACUACAAGUGUAAGAUCCCCGGGUGCUCCAAGGCCUUCCGCAAAGCCAAGCUGCUGGACUACCACCUCAAGUAUUACCACAACGCUGACAAGGACCUCCAGGACUCUGAGCUGACAGGCUCCCCAGACAGGGCUGGUCGUACCCGGGCCACCUCAGCCUCCAUGCCCACCACCACCCUGCUGGAGGUCCCUGACAACGCAAAGAGACGCAGGACUGUCUCCACCUCAUCGUCACUGUCCCCUCCGGGCCAUAUGUUCCAACCGGACUGUACUGGACUGGGGAGCUGUCUGAAACCUCCCAAGUUGAACAGGAAGAAGCGCUCCUCUGCCUCCAUGAGUUCUGACAGCACAGAGCUGUCUCUCCCUCCUCCGCCUCCGGAGAAGAGCUUUGAGUCCCUCUACGACAAGAUCCUGAAGAAGGUGAUCGAUAAGGACAAGCACCUGGAGCCAGGAUUAAUGAAGAUUGAGAAGAAGGUGAAACUGGAGGAGAAAUGCCAGAUGAUCGGAAAAAAGAAGGACAAGGAUAAAGAGAGGAGGAAAGAGAAGGAUCACUUCAAAAUCAAACAGAAGAAGAAGAAGAAGAAGAAGAGGAAAUCCAAGCAGCACUGUUAUUCGGACUACGAUGACAUGUCCCUGUCCUUCCUGGAGCGGUCUACGUCGUCUACUCUCCCCCCCCCCUCCUCCUCCUCCUCCUCCAGGCACUGCCUGUACCCCCGAGCCAUCCUCUCUGUCGACCUCACCGGAGAGAACCUGUCAGACAUAGACUUCCUAGAGGACUCGACCACAGAGAGCCUGCUGUUUAGUGGAGAUGAGUACAACCAGGACUUUGACUCUCUGAACAUGGAGGACUUCCAGGAGGAGGAUGAGGACGGUACCCAGGAGAUCGUCCGCUGUAUCUGUGAGAUGGACGAGGAGAACGGAUUCAUGAUUCAGUGUGAGGAGUGUAUGUGCUGGCAGCACAGUGUGUGCAUGGGUCUUCUGGAGGACAGCAUCCCAGAUCAGUACAUAUGUUACAUCUGCAGAGACCCUCCAGGUCAAAGGUGGAGUGCCAAAUAUCUCCAUGACAAAGACUGGUUGAACAAGGGUCACAUGUAUGGCCUGUCCUUCCUCUCUGAGAACUACUCUCAGCAGAACUCUAAGAAGACCGUCUCCACCCAUCAGCUGUUAGCAGACGUGUUCAGUGUUAACAACAUACUACACGGACUACAGCUCAAGAUGGACAUACUACAGAACAAACACAAUCCCAAUUUGCACUUCUGGGCUCGGUCGUGGGUGAACUCUGACGAGGACCAGCCCAUGGGCGGUCUCCCUGACUGCAUUCACUUCACAGAUCACCUUGACGACAACUCUCUGGACAACCAGAACUCCUCCAAGCCAGACACGUACAUCACCAGCGAACACAGCUACCAGAAACCCCCCAGCCCCGGACAGCUAGAGCACCGGCCCGCUGCAGACCGGCCCGCUGCAGACCGGCCUGCUGCAGACCCCCACAACUCCAACAGCCAGGAGGGAGGAGGGGUGGGGGCGGAGCUGGUGGUGGCUAAUGCUAACCCCGCCUCCCACUCCAUCCAGUUCAAGGAAGAGGAGGUAAGAAAGAAGACGACUGCCCUGGCUUUGCCUGGCUGCCUGGAUGAGAGGGGUUCAGACUCAGUGCUGGCUGUGCCUGGCUGCCUGGAUGAGAGGGCUCCAGACUCAGUGGAACAUGCCAGGAACUGUCUCCAGUGGCAGAUGAACCUCCUCACUCACAUAGAAGAUGUUCAGAACCAGGUGGCAGGCAGGAUGGACCUCAUAGAGAAGGAGCUUGAUGUGUUGGAGAGCUGGCUGGAUUUCACCGGGGAGUUGGAGCCUCCGGACCCCCUGGCCAGACUGCCUCAGCUCAAACACCGCAUCAAGCAGCUCCUCACAGACCUGAGCAAGGUGCAACAGAUGAGCACCCUGUGUUCUGUGUGAGUUUGUGUUAGCCCUUACCUAGCCAGAGUCUGGCCUGUGUCUGGUCUCGGUCUGGCCUGAGUCUGGUCUGGGUCUGGCCCGGGUUAGCAUGGCAACAACACUAGGCACCUGGUGGCAUCACAGCACUGCACAUAGGAGAGUCCUAUCCAAACCCAGGGUGUACCCACUACCCGCUGACACAGACAGACAGAACCCCCUCCUCGCUCUGUGGAGCCGAAGCACACCAUCUGCUGUGGGCCAUAAACGGUCAAACUGAGCACACCUUCUCCUCCUAGACUGACUGGAGCAGUGAUGCUUCAGUUGGCUCAAUACAAGGGGAAUGAAUGCAUAGAGAUCAACAGGAAAGAGAUGAGUCCAGUGGACUCUUGAUAUUAGAAAGAAGAGUGUUUUGAGUUGGAGUAACUGAAAAUUCUGAGUUGAUGAAAUGGGACUUCUGGAUUAAAGGUACAAGUUGAAUACAGUGUUAGCCUGUAGGGCCCAGGACGUUUGUCAUUUUAACUAAGACUCCCUGUUAUAAAGUUACCACAACGUUUUCAAAAGAGGUAUUGUUAUUUUCAUAACCAGAAGUGAGGUUUGACCACAUACAUCAAUUAGAUGAUCAAAAUGCAAUGAGAUCACCUCAUCAUGGGCCCGUCCCAAAUAGAACCCUAUUCCCUUUAUAGUGCACUACUUUUGACUGUAGUGCACUACAGUAUGUAGGGAAUAUAGGAUGCCAUUUGGGAAUUAUCCCAUCACUCUUUUGCCUCAGUAGGAGCAGAGCUGUAGAAGCCUUGCUUGUGCGAUAUGAGUUAAUGCGAAACUAAGUCACCAAGGUGAACGUUAGAUGAUAUUAUAGCAAGCUUUAACCUGCCAGUAAUCUGUUCUGUUUGGAAGCGUGGUCUGAAACUUGCUUGAGAUGUUUUAAAAUGUCAAGUUCCUCCUCAAAUUCAUCACUAGAUUAUUUGCUAACAUCAGUCAUUUAGCUACUGCAUUCUGAGUUCAUUUCUGAAUCUAUUGCCACCUUUUACCAUCAUUAACUAAAUGGUGUUUCAUUCUCUAAUGUGCCAAGUCUAAAAGUAUGACCCACCAAGUUUACAAUGUUAUCAUUCUCACUGAUUCAACAUGGGAGAAGAUCAUAUAUAUAUAUAUAUAUUUGACUGGUGUAUAUAAUAUACCCAUCCACAGACAUAAGACUGUGUCUUCAGGAUAUCUCCAUGACAACCACAGAAUGGCCUUGAUGUCAUGGGACACCUGUGGCACAUUGUCUCUGAGUCUGUCCCAAAUGGCACCCUAUUCCCUAUGUAGUGCACUACUUUUGACCAGAGCUCUAUGGACCCUGUUCAAAAGUAGUGCACUAUAUGGAAUAGGGUGCCAUUUGUGACGCGACUUCUGUCUGUGGUGUUCUGAAGCUUUCAGUACGUCCCCAGUAGUGGGUCCCACGUCACAUUUAACACGACAAAGUCUUCUGACUAAGUGGACACGUUUGAGUUGUACCACAGUAAGCUAAUUGCCAGCUGGAUGUAAAUGUGUAUAAAAAGCAAUGUGUUGAUUGCUGUUAUUGGUCAUUUAUGUACAGUUUUUUAAUAACUGUAAAAAUGAGGAAACAUCUAUAGAAGGCAUAAGAGGACAAAAUAUACUUGAAGAAAAAUGCCUAUGUUUAUUUAGUAUUUCUAUUAACCUGUAUAAAAAGUGUUUUAGAACCAGCCGGUAGGGUAUAAAACAAAGUAGAUUUUUAUUGACAUAUACCAGCUGUACAUUAAGAGUUUAUUUAAGACCUGUUCUUUAAGUGAUUUACUAUCUAGAUCUACAAUGCCAUUAAAAAAGAUAUUCUGGAUAUUUAA